AUGGCCUCCCGGGGAGCCUACGACGGCGGCUCCGGCGCGGGCGGCAAGAUCCGGAGGCGCCCCGCGUCCCGCGCAGCCGCCGCCUCGCCCUACGCGCGCCCUGCUCCCGCUCCCGCCGCCGCGGCGGCGAGCCUCGGCGGCGAUGGGGGUGGAGGCGGGUGGUUCUCCCGCCUCAUAGCCAGCGGCGCCUCGCGCCUCCUGUCCACCGUGUUCCGCAAGCCGCCACCGCAGCUCCCCGCGCCGCCGCCGCCGCCGCAGGAGCAGGGGCCGGAGAGGGAGCCGCUCGAAGCGCCUCCCUCGUGGCCCGAAUCGCGCGACGAGGCGCCCUCGCAGCCGGAGACGCUGGAUACUCCGCCAUCGCCUCCGCCUCCGCCUCUAGAAGAUGACAUUCCAGAAGGAGAAGACGAUGCUGGAGCCAUUCUUAACAGUUCUGCCAAAGAUGGAGAUGGCAUUCUAAGAAGGUCUGAUAGCUGUGAUGCUAUGGAUCUUGAAGAACUAUUGAAACGAAGGACAUUCACAAGGAGUGAAUUUGAAUAUUUGUCCGAGUUGUUGCUAUCUAGAACGGCUGGGUCCAAAUUAUUGAAUCCAGGAGUUGGUAAUAUAAAGAAAAUGCAUUUUCAUGAGAAGGCAAGUGGAUCUACAGACUUACCUGUUGAUUUCUCCGUUAGAGCAUUCAACACUUCUGAUCAGGUUGUUUCACCUGCAGAACUUGCAAAGGCAUUUAUGGGUUCAAGAUCUUCUAUGGGAUCCCCAUUACGUCUUAGAUUGCAUGAUCCCUGCUCUGUGCCUACCAAGUCAAUGGAAGCUAACACAACACACAUAACCAAGCCCCCCACCCUCCCUCUUCUCCCAAGUGCAAGGAUGCAUUCUUCCAACACCUCAGAUCGUCCUGGGAGCAACUACAUGACACCGAAUAGAUCAGCGAUAUACAAAAUGUCAUCAUCUCCUUAUUUUAAGAGUGCUGUUUCUUCCAUGGAUUUGUCUGGUACUGUAUCUUCAUAUAAAGCUCCAAGUAGCCUCCAUACAUAUGGAAGGCAGGUCCUAAAGAGGAAGAGUAAUGUUCUCAGCAAUGAGAGUGCCCCUGCUGGUCCCAUACGUAAAAUGCGUCAGCGGUACAGCAGAGUGUCCCCAUUGUUGGAAACUCGGCCAGGUCAUCGCGGAUAUAUUGGUAGUCAUACUAGCAAACUUGAUGAAGGUUUGGAACACUCGGUUCAAAGUCAAAAACGUAGGUGUACGGAUAAAGUUGGUGAGGUUACUCAAAGUGGUGUAAAUGACAGAGCAAAUGAUAGCAUGUUUGGCCAGGCACCAGCCCAGUCAAUUCAAAUGGCUGCAAAGAUAUUGAAGCAGCUUGAUACGAUAGUUCCUUCUCAGAAGGAAGGAACACUAGCAACAAGGCCAAAAUAUGCAGAUGUCUUACAUGUUGAAGAUCUUAUUUCUCAGAAGAAUGAGUUAUUAGCACGCAGUCUUUUGAAGCCAUCUUCGUCAGGAGUUAAUGAGUCUUCUUUACUUAAUAAAUCCAAUGGUGCUGCUAAAUUUACCUCUGCCACAAAAGAUGGCAAUAUUGUUGAUGCUGCAUCUGAUAUAUCUGCUCCCUUGGCAUCCAAGGAUUGUUUGGAGAUGGAUAACUAUAGAGGAAGUACAAAGUUGUCUCUUCACCAAGGAAAUGAUAAAACUGAGAAAUUGCAGUCACCAAUCCCAGAGAACAAUGAUAUGAAUUCUCAAGUAAUAAAUAAGGAGAAGCCUCCAACUUUGAGGAGUCAUGCUCCUUCUAAUCUGGUAUUAUCCAGUGGAAAUGAUCGAAACAAAAUGCUGGGUUCAUCAAAUGGCUUUUCAUUCCCGAUUCCGGCUGCUCUGGCUGCACAUUCGCAGGCCCCUCCGACUCCUACUUUGGCAUCUCCACCUACACUAUCUGUUGAGAAGCAGCAAUUGCCUGCAUCAUCUUCAGUGGAAAAUAUUCCAAGGGUUUUCAGGCCAGUUUCAGAAGCCUCAGUUUCUAAAAGAUGUGAUACAAAGUCAAAUGCAGAUAAUCCACUGAUUACUUCUCAGAGUUCUGGGCGAGUUGUUUCUUUCACUAGUAAUCCUGUAUUUAAUGUCAUCUCCUCCAAGCCAACAACCUUAAGCAAUGGUCUGGUAGAUACAAUGAAAUCUAGUGCUGCUCCUGUAUUCACUUCCAGUGGACCAACUAAGUCUGUUUGUUCUACAAAUGCUGGUUCUUCAAGCACUUUGUUGCCAAAGUUCUCAUUUCAGUCUGGAUUCCAGACUGAAACCUCUUCAGCACAGCAGUCUAGUGGUACUCAAGAUAAAAUCGAGCCUUCUAUAACAGCUCCAUUUAGCACUGUGAGUAGUAGUUUAACUAAGGGCAGUUGUACCUUAUCCAAUAUGGGUACAAGUGGUUCAUCACCAUCCUCAAUGAUAUUUGCUGGCACGACUUCUCAAUCUAGAACCAACAUCAGUGCUUCAUUCCAAUUCUCUUCACAAUCUGCCAGUGAAAGUUCAUUAGCUGGCCAAGACAAAUCCAAGGCAUUAAGCAACAGUGCCCCUUUUGGUUUCUCUCCACAGUUUGGCAUUACAAGUUCAUUUGCUGCCCAGGGAAAAACUGAGGUACAAUCAGGAAAUAGCAAUUCACUAUUUGCACAGAGCUCAACAAGCAAUUUGAACUUAUCAUCUUCAGAAAAAGUAAAUCCUGGGAACUCACCAAGCACAAAUUCAUCAUUUGGUUCAUCAGCACCAGGUUCAAGCACUACAAAUUCAAGCCCUGUGCUUUCAUUUGCAGCUGGUUCUGGCACUACUUCUGCAACAACUGCUUCAUCAUCUUCUGUGCCAGAUACAAGCUCUAGUUUUGGACGUACAGCAUUCUCAACAUUGCCAAUGUUUGGCAACAGUUUAACUAGUACAACUGCUCCACCAUCUUUUGGCAGCUCAAAUACUGCUUCUGCCACUUCACCUUUUAGCUCAACCACGAACCCUGUAUAUUCGUUCACUUCAGCUAUGCCUACGAUACCAAAUGCAUUGACUGCAACACCACUAUUUGCUACAGCGAGCCCAACUGUUGGUUUAAGUUCAGGAACUGAUCAGAUGAAUGGAGGUCAGAUGACUGGAGAUAAGAACCAGCUCGCUUUUUCAACAGCUUCACCCUUUGGUCUCCCAAGCAGUUCACCAUCAACCCCAAAUUUGUUUAGCUCGCCAGCAACCCAGUUUGCUUCAACUACACCUGCCUCACCAGGCAUAUUCCAAUUUGGCCAGCAGAGUCAAGCAUCAUCGGGUGGCUUUUCAAUAGGCACUGGUGGCAACAACGAAAAGCCUGGGAGGAGAAUUCUAAAAGUUAAGCGAAAGAAGUAGGUCACCAUGCCCUCUGUCGAGGAUCAUGAGAACUUGCAGCCUGCAUUGCAAAUUGCUCUGGUUUUACAGGGCUGAGGCAAACGGCAAACAUAGGUUCACAUUUCUUCACUGCAUACUAUUGAGUGUUUGCCUGAGUUGGCAAAAAGGUGCCAGUUGGUCUUUUUGGCUGAUCCGAAUUUUGGCAGAUGAACUAUGGCGGAGGGUUGUUUGUGAACUGAUUUUUUUUAUGAUUUAUCCCCUCCUGAACCAUUGCAAAAUGCAUAACAUUUGAAUGCCAAGAGUCCUCUUUUUGGCAACAUAUUCUUAAGAACCCGGUGUUUGACAGUGUACCUCUUGUAGUUUAUUCCCGCAUACCAAUUGCCAUCGAAGGAAUAUAAUUUCAUUUACUUCAUGGUUGCAUCUUGGUCUUCCUCAUUUUCCCCUCCUGUAUAAGUUAUUUACUGAGCUGAUAUUGUUAGGAGGAAGCAUUCCCAUUUGGGGGCAAUUAGCUGAUAUUGUUAUGAAGAUGAAUAACUCUCGUAUACCAUCUCUAUUCUUUUCUUUGCUUUAACUUUGUUCAUUCCCUGUCAUUCAGAGUUGAUUCAGGGUGUAUUGGAUAGGAUGAUUCCUGAUGGUCAGAAACGGAGCUUUUGAUUAAUAUGGGAUUUAACAGAUUAAAGCCAAUGUGGUGGUUAGAAAGAGUGAGUAACAGGAACGCUUUGGAUGUAAAGCAUUGGGGAGUGAUCAUGCUCAUAAUUUCAGUGUUUUGCACUUUGAAGCUGCAAUUUUAAUUUUACAUUUUAACAUCACGAAUGCAUAGCUGACAUGUUAGUGAGCAGAAUGAUCUUACAUAAUGUAAUAUUGUAAUCUUAAGAAGUGUACCUAAAUAAACCAAUUAGCAUAAUCUUCACUAUGUACUUUUAGCACCAUUUGGCUGUUCUCGUGGGCUGAUAAAUCUCACUGAGCAGAAAAUUCCUGGGCAUUUCCUCACACCCGAAAGAUGCCCUC